UAGUCCUUUGACCGCUAUAAAAUCAUCUCCGCCCCCAAUUCCAUACAAAACCCUAGCCCUAAAUUUUCCCCCGCCGCCGAGGAACACUCAGAUCUCCUCCGUCUCAGGGUUUCAAUGGCGAAGUCGAAGAACCACACGGCCCACAACCAGUCCUACAAGGCCCACAAGAACGGCAUCAAGAAGCCCAAGAAGCACAGGAACGCGUCAACCAAAGGGAUGGACCCAAAGUUUUUGAGGAACCAGAGGUACGCGAGGAAGCACAACAAGAAGAACGCAGAGGCUGGAUCCGAGCAAGAGGAGUAAAGAAUGAAUCUUUUUGUUACUUGAAGCUAGGGUUACGUUUAUGUUGUUUCAUCGUUAAUUAGAGUAUUAAGUGAUUUUAUGCUUGUGGUUUUAUUUUGAGAUGCUACUUCUAAUUAAGCUGUUAUUUUAGUAGUUACAUGAGUUUGGAUUAAGCCUAUUUGUUUUUA